AUGUCCAACAACAAGGACACGGCCGACCCCCCGGGGCCUCCGCCGCCUCGAGCACCCCCUGACCUCCUCACCAUGGUCAAACUGGUUUUUUCCAUUCGUGUAAACGCCGUCCUCCGCCGGCGUAAAGAAGCAGCAGACAGGGAAGUUGACGAAUACUACCGCAUUCGAGACGAAGAGGAUGCCAAGAUCGUUGUAAAGCCAGUACGCCAAGCAGCAAGGGAUCUGGAAGAGCGGAAGGAGGCGAGGCGCAAACCUGCCCCCUAUAUCUACCGUCGUCCGGAGCUGGACCCUCGUGAGAAGCUCACGUGGACCGAGAUUGAUCGCCUCAUGGACGCCGAGGUGGAGAAGGAGGUUACCGUGGGACUCGGGUUGAAGCGCGCAGAGGGCGAGACGUGGAAGGGGUAUUGCCAACGCAUGAGUAAUCUUGAAAUUCGUCUCGAUCAGUGGAUCAGCAUCGAGUACUUUCGACAGCAGAAAGGUCCGCUACGAUACAUGGAUGGCAUGCCAGUGAGCCUGAUAGCCGUUCAUCGUCACGUACGUCCUAUAAAGCCACCCAAGCCGACCAAGAGGAAGCCGUGUCUGCAGUGCAAAGCCCGAGGACUGCCGUGCUCGCGGACGCUCGACUUGAAGUACGGGCCCGCGGCGUUCCGAAAUCCGAAAAAGGAGGGCUGUUCGAGAUGUAAGAGGAACGGGGAUCGGUGUCUGAUUAUGUGGGAUUGGCAGACGGACGAUGGCGAGGACCAUAGGAUUUGGAAGUAUACCGGGGGUCCUAGAGAGGAUCAAGCCGAAUGUGUCAAGAAGUGGAUGGAAAAGAUCAAAGAGAGCCAACGCAUCCAGCCACUUCCAGCUUGGCAUGAGAAUGAUCACUCUGAGAAUGCGAGGGACGACGAGUAUCAACCCAAGGGCUGGUGGAAUGUGUUGAAGGAUGGGCUCACUGAGUGGUGA